AAUCAGGAUAUGUAAUGGCAGAGAAGCGGUAAACUGUGGGCACCGGCCCGGUUCGUGAGACCGCGAAGAUGAACAAAUUUGUGUUGGGCAAUUCUGUUGGGGAGGGAUUGGAAACUCCUCUUCGCGCGGAAGUUUGUGGAGUGGGAGUCUUGAAUUUACUUCUCUGAGCUUCAAUUUCUGGUGGUGCUCUGCAAAUCCUUCUUCUUCACGGUUCUAUUUUUCUCCGACUGGCCGCCUACCAUCUUCAUACAAUGUCGAUAGUUAUUCGAAGACUAAUUUACAGAGGCAUCCAGACGUCUUCCGAGUCUCCUACAAGGAUGAUCAGGUUCAAGCUUGACGCUCCUCGUCGGGUGGAAGUAGAAUUCAGUGAUGGUAGUUUGUUUAGUUUGUCUGCGGAAUUUCUUAGAGUGCAUAGUCCUGCUGCUGAUAGCAAGAUUCGGACUGUCGGUGGUGAGAAGGUAAUAUAUGGUAGAAGGCAUGUGGGUAUCAUGUCUGCUGAGCUUGUUGGAAACUAUGGAAUAAGAAUAAGCUUUGACGACUUGCACAGAACUGGCAUUUAUACAUGGGACUACUUCUAUCAUCUGGGAACCAAUAAGUUCACACUUAUGAGGAAUUACAUAAAGACAUUAAAGAGACAUGGUCUGAGCCGAGAUCCACGUGUAAGAAAAGACAUAAAAACAUAACCUAUGAUGCACCUACUGAUGAUUUCUGUUUUUUUGGUUGUACACUUUCAGGAUCCAUGCAAAAUAAAGGAAGCAUGAUGGUCCUGUUGAAAAGAAAAUGCAUUUGAGUGUUAAACUUGGUAGUUGUCAGGCAUCUUCCUGUGCAUUUCAUCUCACAAUCCUCUCAAUUUUUGGUUUAAAUUGAAUGCUCUUCCUGCUUUCUUCAUUCAUGUGAAUGCCUCUGGUCUAGGCAGGUAGGUGUUAAUGGUUGAAGGCCUUCCAUUCAGCUGCAUGUAUUUGACUUGUUACUUGUAUUGCAAUUUGAAUCAUGUUAUUGUUUUCAUAA